AUGAGGACCUUAGAGCAGAUUGGUAAUAUAAUAGGACAGCAGACUCAGGAACGAGCUGCUACGAUUGCCCAAGCUACCGAGGCCGCUACUGCCGUUAAUAAUAAAGAGAAUCAAGGGCAGGGGCAAGGGGUUGUGAAUAGGCCAAUGCAUCAAUUAGUAGAGCAAUUUAUGAAGCUAAAACCGCCUAAAUUUUCUGCGAAAGGUGACCCUGAGGCUGCACCCCGAUGGGUAGAGGAGCUUGAGAAAGCUUUUGAAGUAUUAGAGUGCUCUGAUAAUGAGAAAGUAACCCUAGCAGUAUACCAGUUGCAGGAUAACGCGAAUGAUUGGUGGAAGGCCACCAGGGAUAGAAUAUUUCCGGAAGGUACUGCCCGGACUUGGACUGCUUUUACUGAAAGUUUUUAUGAGAAGUAUUUCUCGGCCAACGCCAGGGAAAGGAAGUUAGCCGAAUUUAUGGGACUCCGCCAAGGCCUGAUGACGGCAAAUCAAUACGAGGCGGAAUUUGCGAGAUUGUCUAAGUUUGCGCCGAGAAUGGUAGAACAUCCCGAUGAUAAGGCGCGAAGAUUUCGGGACGGAUUGAAGGUUGAUAUUCGCAGCCAGUUGUUACUGCCUGGAAUCAGAAUGGUCUCUGUAGAAUAUGUGGAGGUAGACACGGAAAUGGACCUUGUCCAACCCGGGGCGGAGCGUGUUUUGGAUGUAGAAGAUUUGGUCACCACAUAA